GUCCAAGGAUAGGACACGGCAACGCCCAAAUCGUAAAAACGGACGCAGAAAGCACGCUGCGUCUAGACUAACACCAAGAAUUUCCGCAUCUUUAAUCGGCCAAAAGCUUGCACCGACCCGAGGAGCUCAACCACUCCUACCACUACCAGUGACCCGAGGCACGUCUCAUGCCGUCACAUGCCGUCAACGCCUCGGAAGAGCGCAUAUAUGCGGCGUAUCCCGCAGAUUGUAUUAACCCCAGGCACGCCUCCCGCUGCAACUAACCCGAGUCCUUUCACCCUGCACAGAAUCUCAGCACCCACAGGUCUCGACUCAAGCCAUGGGCGCCGGCGAGAAGACGGCCGCGGGCAUGCCGCGCAUCGGCAUGGGCACGGCGGUGCAGGGGCCCAAGCCGGACCCCAUCCGCCGCGCCGUCCUCCGCGCCAUCGAGAUAGGGUACCGCCACUUCGACACGGCGGCGCACUACGAGACCGAGGCCCCCAUCGGCGAGGCCGCCGCCGAGGCCGUGCGCUCCGGCGCCGUCGCCUCCCGGGACGAGCUCUUCAUCACCUCCAAGCUCUGGUGCAGCGACGCCCACCGCGACAGGGUCGUCCCCGCCCUCAGGCAGUCGCUCCGGAAUCUCCAGAUGGAGUACGUGGACCUGUACCUUGUCCACUGGCCGGUGUCCAUGAAGCCCGGGCGGUUCAAGGCCCCCUUCACGGCCGAGGACUUCGUGCCCUUCGACAUGCGGGCCGUGUGGGAGGCCAUGGAGGAGUGCCACAGGCUGGGCCUCGCCAAGGCCAUCGGCGUCGCCAAUUUCUCCUGCAAGAAGCUGGAGACCCUCCUCUCCUUCGCCACCAUCCCUCCCACCGUCAAUCAGGUGGAGGUGAACCCGGUGUGGCAGCAGAGAAAGCUGAGGGAGUUCUGCAGGGGCAAGGGCAUCCAGCUGUGCGCCUACUCGCCGCUGGGGGCCAAGGGCACGCACUGGGGCAGCGACGCCGUGAUGGACGCCGGCGUCCUGCAGGAGAUCGCCGCGUCCAGGGGCAAGAGCGUGGCGCAGGUGUGCCUGAGGUGGGUGUACGAGCAGGGGGACUGCCUCAUCGUCAAGAGCUUCGACGAGGCCCGGAUGAGGGAGAACCUGGAGGUGGACGGCUGGGAGCUCACGGAGGAGGAGCGCCUCCGGAUCGCCGAGAUCCCGCAGCGCAAGAUCAACCUCGGCAAGCGCUACGUGUCCGAGCACGGGCCCUACAAGUCCCUCGAGGAGCUCUGGGACGGCGAGAUAUGAGUAGCCAGUGGAGAGGCCGACUGUCCGGCGCUACGUGUGUGCUGGGUGUCAUCCUUGGCCAUGGGCGGGUGGUUGAUCGGGGGACGAUUUCCCUUUGAAUAAAAUCAUGUUCUGCAUUGUGUUUCAGUGAAUAAAUGAAGAUGUUUACUGCCGCA